AUGGUCUUCUGCACAUAUUGUGGACAGUCGUUCACCAGGGACGAACAUCUCGAACGACAUAUCCUAACUCGUAAUUCAAUCCGAUCGUUCCGUAGCAUCUCCGCUGACCGUCAAUGCCAAACAGACACCAAUGUCAAGCCAUUCAAGUGCUUUACAUGUCAUAUGAGCUUUGCUCGACGAGAUCUUUUGCAAAGACAUUACACCGUACACGGCCGCAACCAGAACAACGAAGAAGGCCUCCCACCGCAAGGCAUCAUACCUAAGUCCGCCGGCCGCACACCCAUCGCCUGCAGUAAUUGUGCAAAGACGAAGACGAAAUGCGACAAGAAGUUUCCUUGCACCCGGUGCGCUCAAAGGAACCUGAAGUGUACUCUACGUCCUACACGGCGAGCAUCGAAAGGUGUCCAACGAGUAGGAGGUCCUCCUGAAACAGGCAGUGGUGAUUCUAGCGAGAGUGGUAGCAACGCGGAUAACCAGAACACAUCCGGCAAUGUCUCUCCAAACCACGAUGGCCAGUCGAAACAAGCAACCGCUCAGUCGUCUCCAUCUCAAAUUCAGCAGCCUAGCCAGAUUUCUGACAGCCAACCUCCAUCGCAACGGCAAUCGCAAUCUCCCUCAGCGCCCCACUCGCGGAAUCCUUCCAUCUCACAUCCAGUGCAACCACCACCGCACAUGAACCCCGAGGAGAAGUCGCUCCACAUACACAUGCCUAUCUCGAAUACUCCCCCGUUCUUCGAUCAGUCACCCUCUAACGGACUGUCUCAUUCCUCAUCAUUACUUUCACCUCUUCCCACACCAGUUACGGGCAUGAAUAGUUUUGUUUCUUCGACACCCAUGUCUGGGUACGACGACUUCGUCAGGACAGUGCGCGAUCAACCGGAAAAUGAGAGCCCGCAAUUCAUGAUGGAUCCUUGGCACUCGAUGCCCAUGGAUACGAGUUACGAUCCUAUGCGGAUUGACCCCGCUCUGAUGAUGACCAUGGGCAUGGACAUGACGAUGGGACCGCCCCAAGACGGUAUCCUUAGUAUGAUACCCGAAAUGUCACCUGCGCAAACAUUCGGACAGCCUGUUCAGACUCCUCGUAUGGUGGACGAAUCGUUCUCGGACUUGCAAAUCGGCAGUUCGGCUUCGAUGUUCUACCCCUCUAACAGACAUUCCUCAAUAGCGGACGCCGGCAUCCCUGAUCUUGGCGCCAUUAUCGCAGCCCAAGACGGCUGGACGGUCUUCCGUUGCACUCCUUCUAUCGCUUCGAGCUCAUGUCCGCGGACCGCAAGGCUGAAUCUUGAGAGAUUAGAGUUGAGCCUGAAGAACCAUGAGGGCUGGGCUAACUGGACCCCAUCGUGGGACGAAUCUGAUUUCCAACAAGGCGGACAGAUCGCCGUGUCAAAACUCCAGGAAGCCACACGAGACAAACUUCUCGCGAUCACACAGAGCUUCCUUCACAAGGCUCUAGAUAUCCACAAAGAUGGGAGCAGCUCGUCUAGUAGUGGCGAGUCUCCAGGAUCUACGGCUUCACAUUCCAACUUCGUUCUUCUUCCGCCUGCUCGUGUCCUGGAGUACUUCCUCAAGUCGUACGCCAACUCUUUCGAACGCUAUUAUCCUACCUCGGCCAGAGGAGUCCUCGACACCAACGAGUUGAUGCAGAACUACAAUGACAAAGCUUCGAGCUUGCUCAUUCUCAUGAUGAUUGCGCAGGGCGCUAUGACCAUUCCGUCCAUAGAAGCGAGAUGGCUGACUGGCGGCUUUACUGAGGCAUGUCGGAUAUCCCUGUUCGACCUCAUCGAGAAGAACAUCAUUAUGGCUGGCGAUCCUAUUGUCCUGAGGGCGGCCCUUCUCUUCACUGUUCAAGCGGCGUGGAGUGGCGACAAGUGGCAGAUGGACAUCGCCAUGGGUCAGCGCGGCAUGUAUUUUUCCAUGUUACGACAUUCCGGUAUUCUCGAUGUUCGACCGCCUACCACGCCUCACAUGAAUGGAAACACUUCGACGGAUGUGUUGUGGAAGGACUGGCUUCAGCAAGAAAGCCGCAGCCGCCUCAUCUACUCUUGGGUCAUGGUAGACCAAGACCUAUCGCUAUUCCACGAUACCGCUCCCCUGUUUUCGGUAACAGAAUUUGGCGCGCCAAUGCCUGAUUCAGAUCAACUCUGGCAGGCGCAGACAGCUCCAGAGUGGUCGGAGAUGUUCAACCAGGUCCAUGAAUUCUCGAAUGGAUACUCCUCAGUAGGCUCUGGAGCAAGACCACCGAGUCUCAGAGAUCUCUUCCGCUACUUCCUAGAUGACGAGAUAGUCGUCCAGGAUGUUCAGGAGAUUCAUCUGACCCCGAUGCACCUGCGACUACUACUGCACCCUCUGCAGACCCUUGUGUGCCAAUAUUGCCAACUCCUCAGUUGCUUCUCCGACAGUGUAGCCUCUCGAUCGCGGAAUCGGGCAUUGACAGCUGCUUCGACUCGCGUACGCCUAGAAGAGGUACAGGCGUUAUUGGGGCGGUGGUUCGACUUGGCGCAACGGUACAUGAAGGCGAACCCAGUAUGUCCGAUGAUGCAAGCAAAUCUCGUCAUGUUCCAUCUUAUCAGCAUGAAUGCUGUGUCAAAUUUCCCAGAGAUUGAGCGCCUCGCCCGACGGGAGGGUGUGGACGGCUCGUAUCAACAGAUGCUGUGGAUGCACAAGAAGUGCUUGUCGGAUGUGCAGGAGGCCAUCACUCACGCUGGCCAAGUUCUUCGCCUCAUUCGUGAGAUGCCACGAGGCAUUCGCCCGCCGUGGUGGGCUGGUGCUGUCUAUCGGGCAGGGUUGGUCUUCUGGGCUGACUCGCUCGCUCACAACGAGUCCUUGAGUCCCAACCAUCAAGGGACAUAUCAGCCAUCUAAUACUGCUUUCUCUGUGGAUCGCCUCUCUGCUGACCACCCAACCAUACUGAGGUACAUGUCACGGAGGGAGGGUAUUCCCACCUUGACCAAGCGCGAUGGUAGCCCUGUUCCACUGGAUAACGGCUUUGCCGUCCUGUCGCAUUGUAUCGAUGUCCUUGACGAGGGUGUCGCCACCAGGUUUUCCGAUGGCAUUCGUAGUAAACUCGAGAAACUUGCGCGCGGUUAA